ACACUAUCGCACCGUAUCCAUAUGCUCCGAGCUCGGCUCAAAUUGAGCUGCUCAAUCUCAAUGGUUGUCAGGUCAGUUGCCAGUUGUUUGGCGGAGCAGCACUGGUGCAGUACGCUGCAAGUAUCGGAUGCAUUUAAAGUUAUUGAAACUAAGUUGGUCGUAUAAAAUAUUCCUUCAACCAAUGAAUAUGUCACAUAACUUUAUUAUAGAAACUUUAUUGGUAUAGUAUAACAUGGCAAAUUUGAAGAAAAAUAGUAGUUGGCUACAGCCAGCAUUUGGUGAUGAACCAACUAAAAAAUUGCCAAGGAGAAAACAAAACAUUUCACUUGAAGGAACUAGUAAUCGUUUACAAGUAUCAAGAAGUUACGAUAUAAUUCCUAAGAAGAAAAAUACCAAUAGUCUUUCUGCAUUGUUCCAAGCUUGUGAACCAAAGAAUUCUUCUGAAUUGGUGAUCAGUAGACAGAAAAGGCAAGAGAUUUCAGGUUGGUUACAAUGUCGAGUAAAAAGAGGCAGGCCAGCUGCGUUAAUUUUAUCUGGUCCAUCUGGCUGUGGGAAAUCAACAGCUAUUAAAGUUCUUGCGAAGGAAAAUGGUUUCAGUAUUACAGAGUGGAUUACUCCUAUGGAUCAAGUUGUGGAUGAAUACAAUAAUAUAAUGAGACAAGGGGAUAGGUUUGAAGAAUUUUUAAUCAGAGCUACUAGGUACACUUCAAUCCUAAGUAGCUAUUCUAGUCGUUUACUUCUUGUAAAAGAUUUCCCAAAUGUCUACUUUCGAGAUAAAGAGAGUUUCUUUUCCCUUUUGGAAAAAUAUUUUGAGAUGGGGAAGGAACCCAUAGUUUUCAUAUGUGGAGAUACAACAAAUUCAAAAAUGCUCCAAACAUUGUUUCCCAAUAAUAUAAGAGAGAGAUUUGGUAUCGAUUCGAUUAACCUGAAUGCUGUUACACAAGCAGCGAUGAAAAACGCUUUAAAACGUAUUGCUACUGUUUUAAAUUCAACAGCUGGGUACAUGUUACACGUUUCUCAGCAGCAAGUUGAUGAAGUAUUAUCGAAUCAUCUGGGAGAUAUUAGAAAUGUCGUCCUAAAUCUCAUUUUCAUUUCAUUGAAAGUACCUGGAGAACAAGAAGGUAAAUGCAAUUCUCGUGAAGAAAAUUUGGGACUUCUCCAUGGAAUCGGACGGAUAAUUAAUCCAAAAAGAAUUCAGACCGAAAACGGCUGGAGAUUCGCCCACAAUCCUGAUGAUAUAGCAGCUUACUUCGAAUCACAAGCGACAAUAUUUUUAAAUUUCCUUCAAGAAAAUUAUUUAAAUACUUUGAAAGGGAUACAGGAAGCAAACGACUGUGCAGAUAUUUUGAGUGUAGCGGACGUUUUGAACGCUGAAUGGCGAGAUCCCAAUUUAACAAAGCUCACUUUAUCUUUAUGCGUUCGAGGUAUGAUGGUGAUUAAUGAAACCCCAGUUUCUGGAUGGAAUCCUGUAAGGAAGCCACGAAAUGAACAAACGGAAAUGCGAAGGUGUUUGGCAACUGCCGAAACUCGGUGGUACGAGACUCUAAUCAAAUCAAAGUCGAAAGGCGUAAUGGAAUCGUCCGCUAUUGACAUCGACGGUAUUAUUGAAUGAAGAAAAAAUAAAGAAAAAAAAAUAAAGAGAUUCAUUAAAGUUGAGUUUAUGAAAAAGGAACAUUUACCACGUAGAUUUAUUUAUAACUUAUUUUCUACUACAGUUAUAUGAAUGAAAAAUAUAGAAAUUGAACCACACAGAUUUCAUUAAGAUUUCUUAUGUUUUGUUAAAUAUUUAUACAUGAAUAAUAUUAUUUCUUACUAUAAUUUAUUGUUUAAUAUCAGUAUCAACGCAGAGAAAAAGACUUACGCGACUUAUGUUGCGAUAGAUGCAAUAAAAAUAUAUGCAAUUUACAUGCCUUAAUCGAACUGCUUUAUUACAAAUAUCUUUCCCUAAUAAAAAUUCUUGGCAGUUA